AUGUCAUAUGCAGAAAGCGUGGAACAGGCGACACAUAUCAUAAAACAGCAGACGAUUCUGAUUCAGCGUAACUUAGCGCAGCGGAAGUUGAUGGAUGCAUUAAAACAUGUGAGUGUUAUGCUAACAGAAUUGCGCAACCCUACGUUGACACCCAAACAAUAUUAUGAGUUAUACAUCCUAGUAUAUGAUGCGUUGAGUAUUUUAUCUCUAUAUUUGGUGGAGAACCAUCCCAAAAGACACCAUCUGGCGGAUCUUUACGAAUUGGUCCAAUAUGCAGGUAAUAUAUUGCCAAGGUUGUAUUUAAUGAUUACGGUUGGAACGGCAUUCUUACAGAUCAAGGAUUCGCCAAUGGAGGAGAUUUUAAAGGAUAUGAUUGAGAUGUGUAAAGGUGUGCAAAAUCCAGUGCGUGGACUUUUCUUAAGGUAUUAUCUAUCUCAGCGUACUAGAGACUGGUUGCUACCUGAUACACUACCUUCGGAGACUAAAGAAGGCGAAAGUAGCACCCAGGAACCGAAAAACGGUCUCGAAAAUACCAAUAAGGUGUUUAAUGUUGGAUUUAUCAUUAAUAACUUUAUUGAGAUGAAUAAACUAUGGGUCAGAUUACAGCAUUAUGGACCGUUGAAGGAACGUGAAUUACGUACAAGGGAGCGAAAAGAGUUGCAGAUUUUAAUUGGAUCAAACUUGGUGCGUUUAUCUCAGGUUUUAGAGGACGAUUGCGAGAUGUACUGCGAUUUAAUAUUACCCCAACUAUUGGAACAGAUUAUUCAAUGCCGAGACGUCGUUUCCCAGGAAUAUUUGUUGGACGUAAUUUGCCAGGUAUUCCCAGACGAGUUCCAUAUGGCAACGCUAUCUACACUACUGGAGACUACACUAAAAUUGAACCCUGAUGUAUCAAUUAAUAAGGUUGUAUCCGCUCUAAUAACACGAUUUAUUGGUUAUAAGGAUCGUCAAACGGGCGAUGUCAAAACUAUCCGAGAAACCUUCAAACAGCUCUCGCUUAAAGAGAGUAAGAAACACCCUGAACAUGUAACUAAUGGCGACCUAUUUUUUGUCUUAUGGAAAUAUUUGGAACAACUGAUUGAUCAAAGACCUGAUCUACCGCUGGCGGAAUUAUUCCCCCUUGUCCAAGGUAUAUUGAAGUUGUCUCUUGCCUGGUACCCUGAUGAUAUUUCCAAUAUGGAGUGCUUGUUCAACUUUACUGUAAAAAGAUCCCAAGAAAAUGGUGGACCGGAAAUGAAUUCCGAUUGCGAAUAUUUGUUCGAAGACUUGCUGUUGUCGUUGUCGUCUAACCCAAUUUUUUAUCGUGUACUUACAGAAUGUGGCUCGUACCAAAAACUACUCUCUUUGCAAAAUGUAUCGUUACAAAAAGUUGUUGUUAAUAGAAUACUCGACGAAAUAUUCAAAGCAAAUGUUCGCAUUAGUAUGAAGGCUCACCUUGAUCGAAUUUUGCUAAUAUGUGAAUCCAUUAUUAAAGUCAACAAUCCCAAAUUGCAUAUGCUACCACAUGAUGAUAAUGAACAGCGCAAUCCCGAAGAAGACGGAACUAGUUCGCUUCUGAAUGCUGAACAAGAAAAACUAGCACAGUUGGUUCACAUAUGCUACCAUAAUUCCAUUGAAAAGCAUGUAGAACUAUUGUUAACCUGCAAAAGUUGGUUUUACCAGGGUGGCAUUAGACUUCGUUACACAUACCCAGCUGUAAUCGCCAGCUUUUGGAAAUUAAUUCGCAAAGCAGACAUUAAGAAGAAACGUUAUACAUCGAGAGAAAAGCGUUACCAACAGUUGAUCAAGCAACUAUUCAAGUACACUUCGCGCUGCCUUAAUGAUUUAUUUAAUGCAGUUGGCAAUUCCUGUUCGGACAUGAUUUUCAAAUUGAACCUGCAAACAGCCGCAAUCGCAGACCAUUUAGGCUUGAGCGAAAUUUCGUUUGAUUUCUUCACACAGGCCUUUGCAAUCUUUGAAGAAUCCCUUAAUGACUCUAGAACACAAUUCCAGGCCAUAGUCAACAUGGCACAAGUACUGCAAAAAACGCGAUCACUUUAUGUGGACAACUAUUACGAUACUUUAAUAACAAGAUGUACGUUAUAUGGUUCUAAGCUCCUAAAAAAACAAGACCAAUGCCGCGCGGUAUACUUAUGUUCCCAUCUUUGGUGGGCAACUGAAAUCCCAUUAAUUGGGGAGGAAGAAGGAAUCACAGACACUUUCUUCAGGGAAGGAAAGCGCGUACUAGAAUGCCUCCAAAGAUCCCUAAGAGUUGCAGACUCAAUCAUGGAUAAUGUGCAAAGCUCACAACUAAUGGUAGAAAUUUUAAACCGCUGUUGCUACUACUUUGUUCAUGGCGAUGAAUCAGUAACUCAUGUGGGAACAAAAUACAUCAAUGGUUUAAUAGAACUAAUACAAACGAACUUGAAGUCACUAAAAAUGGAAGAAUCUGUUAAAGUUACUGAUGAUAGCAGUAUCAAAUCUCCUUCCAGUCCAACAAUUGCAGUCGGAAUAGACGGCACUUUUAUUCUCCUACUCAGCUCACCAAGCGCAACUGUAGCUACCGUAAGCAACAAAAUCGCUAAUCUUCAAGUUUCAUCCUUAGUACCUAUGGUCACCGAUUAUUUAGAAAGGACUUUGAGAUAUAUAGAAGACCAAAAACUGGUUGACGAUAGAUUCAAGGCUAUUAUUAUGUAA